GGGGUCAAUCAAUCGUCAUUUUGUAGAGCGUUUUUUACUGCAUCUUUUCUUCAUAGAGACAAAUUUACAACCACUUGUUUCACUAUAGAAAAAUUUAUUAUUCAAAUCGAGUCAGGACUUCUGGCCCGCCGAUUAUUAGACUGGCGAAAAUGAGACCUAUUUAGAUAAGGAAACAGAGAGCUGAAUUUGCUAUCUGAUUCUCAUACUGACUUUUCCUUUUCAGAUAGAGAUUAUAACAUAACAAAGCUCAACGAACACAUUCAAAUUUGAUUGCACUAUGUCCUUGAAGAAAAGUCCGAGUAAAACAUAGUGGAAUCAAUCGUAGAUAACAAAACGGUGACUGGAAAAAUGUGAAACUAGUGCGUACCGGUGCAACAUAGCAUGCCGUGCCCACUGGUAGCGCCAGCCGUUUAUCAGUACUGUACUGCAAUUUUUUUGUAGGAGACUCGAUCAUGUUUUCCAUAAAAAUCUGACAAUUCCUUCCUUUACCGAGUUUUUGAAUUAAGUGACUAGGUCAAAUCCUUAUCGGACGUAGCGUCUUCUCGUACUCAUGGACGAUAAAGUCCUUCGAGUACAAAAGAAGGCCGCCUGAUACACGGUCACGACGGGCAGCAUGACUGUGUUGUAACGCCGCGUUUGUUUUGAUUAAAAAGUCAAAAGGAGCUUGUUCACACUGAAGUUCUCGUGAGAAAAUAAAAUUAUAUAAAUAUUACUUGAUAACCCCAGAAUUUCUCGCGUUUCUACUUAACGGUUUGCCGUGUUUAGAUAAAACUGCGUGCUCUGUCUUUGUUUCUCUAUUUAACAGUUUCUCGUAUUUUAUCGUAGUAUAUAUAGUUAUUUAUAUAGAUAUUUUCAUUUGGUUUCUCUGCAUCUCUUUAUUGUUGGGUUAUACUAAAUUAUAUUUAUUGUUUGAGAAAAUAAAACGGAUUCUAAUAAUUUAUCAUUUAUUUACUAAGUGUAUAAUCAUUAACUGCUAGAUAGGUGUAUUUUAGUACAGAAAAGUCUACCGAAAAUUUUAAAUACUUUCGGUUCAUCACAGAUAAGCAAAGUUGCUUGGGUGCAAGGUUAAUGAUUUUUUGUGUUCUUCAAGAAUUGGUUCGAGAUGAUGUGGAAACAUCUGAAUGGGUUAUUCCAAAUACUGCCAAUGACCGCUAUUGUAAUCAGUUAGUCGCAUUGCAAUGA